CGCGGGACUUUUGCGGGACACAAUCAGAUCAGUGAACACAUUAUGGAGGUCAAUUCGAAAGGUUUUUAAUGAUUUUUUAUACAAUUUUGUAGCACAUAUGCUGUAAAAUACUGUUGAUAGUAUCUAUAUUUUUGUUAUAAAUCGCGCAGGGGUGCAUUUUUCAUUUUUACUUGAUAAAAUAGUACAUGUGAUAUAUAAAAAAUCACAAACUUUUUAAUGUUUUUUUUUUUAUUAAAGAAAGCUCUUUAACAUCUGUGAAACAUGUUAUUUUGGUGCUAUCUGGAAAAGGUGGAGUUGGAAAAAGCACUGUGGCUUCACAAUUGGCGUGUUCUUUGUACAGGAAAGGAAUGAAGGUAUUGUGGUAGACAUAUUGUGAUAUUGGCAUAACCAUAGAGAUUAUAAAUAACACUAGAGGAGGCAUUGUAAUCUUAAUUCAGUAAAAAAAAGGGAACGCGACUAUUGGGGGGCAAAUUCAAGUCCCGGAUGUGUAUUCGUGUUCCCAUUGGUGACGAGUUUCAAAUCAGCCAAUGAGAGCACGAUUUUAUAUCCGGGACUUGAAUUUGCCCCCCAUUAGUUGCGUUCCCAAUUUUUAAACUCGAUGCCUCCUCUAGUGUUAUUUAUAAUCUCUAUGGGCAUAACUAUAGCAUAUCCCACAAUAUAUGAUUGGGUGUGGCUACAUAGCUAUGCCAUGGUUAUUAGGGUGUGGCUAGGGCUAUUAGGGUUAGUAUUAUCAGGUAUUAUGUAGCCACAUAGCCAUGUAGUCACCAUGUAGCAAUGUAGUGUUGUGGUCAUGUCACUCAUUUAUUCACAUGGCCAAGUUAAUUGUCUUAAUACUUUUGUAUAUUAGGUAGGAUUGUUGGAUGUUGAUCUCUGUGGGCCAAGUAUCCCACGGAUGAUGAAACUGGAAGAUGCUAAUGUUCAUCAAUGUUCAGACGGGUAAAUAACCAGUGACUAUACAUUUACAAAUUGACUGGCUACUGGGGGGAGGGUGGCAGGGCAUUGCCCUGGGAGCUCUCAUUUUUAGUAGUAUUUCUGCUGUUUGAAAACAUGAAAUCAUAUGUGGCCAAGGAAAAUUUUACCGAAGGCGUCACAAACCCUGAUUAAUUAGCAUGUACAUGUAUGUUAAACUUGAUUCCUAAUGCAACUAGCAAGUAUGAAAUAGCCAAAGUUGACAUACCUUGCAGGUGGGUGCCAGUGUACACCGGUUCUGACCAGAGACUUGGGGUUAUGUCCAUCGGUUUCCUGCUUGCAAAUCGAGAUGAUGCUGUUGUGUGGAGAGGACCAAAGAAAAAUUGUGAGUAGAUUCAAUAAAUAUAAACUUAUGGAUCAGUGAAAUACAUAAUUCAUCACCAAUUAAUCAUGUUGCCACUUGGUCAAUCAUUUAGUCAAUUGGUCAUUUAGUGGCUGGUCAGUUGUUCAGUUGGUUGGUCUGUCAGUCGGUCAUGUAGUUGGGUUGGUCAUUGAGUCAGUUGGCUAUUUGGUCGGUCAGUCAUAAUUUAGUCAGUCGGUCAGUCAUUUAGUCUGUCAGCCAGUCUGUUACUUGGUUGGUCAGUCAUUUAGUCGGUUGUUUAGUUGGUUUGUCUGUCAGUCGGUCAUGUAGUUGGUCAGUCAUUUAGUUGGUUGGUCAUUUGGUCAGUCAGUCGGUUGAUCAUUUAGUGGGUUGGUCAUUUAGUGGGUUGGUCAUUUAGGGGCUGAUUACAUGGUGCCGAGCUGGCCCGGUUAACCAGGCUGACUCGUUUGUUUAGGACCUUACCACAAAAUAAAUAAUAAGACCAGAAGUCUCACUCGAUGUCGGAAUCUUUGAUGUUGAUGUCCCCGCGCAUGUCGCCUCGCGCAUCUUGGCCGCGUCUCGUUUCCAGUGCCCUAAACAAGUGUAAUUUGACAAAUUUACAUGUAAACAUUAAGGAGUGAGGAAGUUAAAACGAUACCAAUCGAGUUUUAGACCUUUGGUGACCAUUUUAAAAGAAUAUAUGAUAAAUUCAAAGGUAAGUCUAUCGUAUUGCAUUGUCUUAAAUGAAUUCUCAGCUAAAAUACGGCAAUAAAUGGAUCAUAAAUUUAGUUAAAUUCACUGUUGACAACGAGGUUGACAGAUCCAAUGAUUUUUUCCUUGAAUAGCUUUACCAUAGUCAUUUUACCUUAAAAUGUGGCUACCAAGGAUAUCUCUAAGAGAUUUUACACAGAUUUUACACAAUCUCACGAUUUAAUCAUGCUGAUAACAUGAAAAUCCUUGUGCCAUUGUAUACUUGGCAUAAUCUCCACAUCAAUAGUUCACCAGUUCAACACUUAUAAGUUAUAAAUUCAAUAUAUUUUUGAACCAGUCCAUAUAUUAUUAUACACAAUGUAGUAUAGUUAAUUUGACCAUUGAGAAGUAAGGGGUGUAUUACAUUACACAGACACUGCUGAAUUUUAGGUUACAUGCCAUUGGAUUGAUAUAUAAAAACAUUUGUAAAAACACACAUUAUCUUGUUGAUAGAAUAGUUAUUUGCAGUAUACUAACUGUUGGCAUACUCUAUUUCAGGCCUAUCAAUUGUUUUUGUCACUGGCAAUCUUUGAAAUACAAUCUUGCUCUGUGGCCUUUACUGACAAGUUGGCUUUUACUACAUAUGUGGCACUGACACUUCUUUAAUUAAUGCACCAGUCAAUGUAAACCCCCCAACCGGGGAGGGGCAGGGAUUUUGACUUGGAGGGGUAGUAAAAGAGCAAAAUUGUCCCGCCCCCAGGGACAUCAAUGUCCCCUGCAUGUCUCUCAACUGCAGGAAAAUAGUUUUGUAUAAUCAUAGAUCAGCAAUUAGGGGUGCACCGGAUUUCAAAUCCGGCCGGAAUUCCGGCCGGAUUUAACAAAUUUUUCGGCAUCCGGCCGGAUUUGGAGAAAAUCCGGCCGGAUUUAAAUUUCUGUUUUCACCUUAAAAAAUUCACCAAGAAUGGGAUAAACCAUCAAUUUGGCAGCUUUAAAGCUUAAAAAACAUUUGUAUUAUUAUAAAAUAUUAAGUUAUUAACAAAAAGAUGUUUAAAAAAGGUUUAAGGUGGCUCGAUAUAGUUAUCACAAAAACCCUGCUCAAGAAUCGCGAACAAAACUGGGCGACCAUUUUUACGCGCAGGUCGUGCAAACUGAUUAACAAAAUGAAAGAACUUCCAAAAUGACCUGACGUGAGCAGUUGCUCCCGCCAUCUCACGUCAUUGCGCGUGUUGUAUAGCGUUUUGUGUCGAUUGCUGACGUCAUUAGAAUUUCCCAUUUUAGAAAAACAAUGCGCUAUAUCUCUUUAUUUUGCCUGGUGACCUAUGUUCAAAUUUUGCAUGCUGUAUUGCACCGCUAAAAACUUUCAUUAUACAAAAAAUAAAAAAAUUCUGUAAUGCCAAAAAAAUUUUACCGAAGAAUAUGACAUUUUCGCAUUUUCCAAAAAAAUGGCAUUACAGAAUUUUUUUAUAUUUUGCUAAUUGUUAGCUUUUCGUCCAAGUAAAACAAUGCAAGAAAAAAAAUUGGGGGUCACCAUGCUUUUUUUCCAACUAUACGAAACGAUAGGCCAUUUUGGAGUGAAUUUCGUACACGUAUGUCGUCAUAGCAACGAGCUAUCUGUUACUAAAACUAAUAUAAUUUGAAAGUAGAGUUAUCAAAAUAUAUAAAAAACACCAAUAUCUGCUGAAUAAAUCCUAGAAAUGCGUAGUUUGAACAUGUCAAACUGUUAAUUAAACACCUGAAUUUUUGAAAACUGUAUCGAGCCACCUUAAACACAAUCAAAAAUCUAAACUGACACUAACUAAAAAUAGUAAAAAACAUAAACCGUCUUUUUGAAUACUGAUUUAUCCCCAAUUGUACCCAUUACCGGUUUAUCUCAAAUCCGGCCGGAAUUCCAGCCGGAAUUUUUGCCCAAAUCCGGUAAAUCCGGUUCCGGCCGGAUUUGAAAAUUCCAAAUCCGGUGCACCCCUAUCAGCAAUAGAAAAUCAAAUUCAUUUAUGUUGUUGUAUUUAAACUUUUCUUGUCAAGAAAACUAAAACAGCAACACAGGAUAUAUAUAUAUUAACCACCGUCCAAGUCUCCCAUCAUCGGGGCAAAUUUAUAAUCAAAACGGACCACUUUCCCCACUAAACCUCCCGCCCCUCCCCGGUUGGGGGCAGGGAUUUACAUUGACUGGUGCAUAACUAGAUGAUUGCAUGAAAGUUGAUUUACGUAUAAUUAGUUUAUAAAUAAACUCGCACUUUCAUUGUAGAGGUUAAGAUUUGAGUUCUACUAGCACUAUCUCUGACUGCCUUAGUAUGCAUCUGAUUGGUUAUAAUGGUUGAUUGAAUAUAUCAAAUGCAUUUGAUGGUCCCUUAAUGGUAAUGGUAGUCAAAUCUGAACCUCUAUAAUGUCAAUGAAGAAUGCAUACUGGAAAAGUAUCAAAUUAAAUUUUAAUUGUCAAUGUUGUGGAAAGUAAAUAAAUCAAACAAUUCUGUUUGUUUCAACUAACUAGUUCACUAUCACUUUGGUUUUCAAAUCAAAGAAUCUUUAGCCUGGUUGAGCUUUUGAAAAAGUAGCUACUUUAGUGAACGCAAGAUUAUUUUACUCUGUCUAACACCAGACAAUUUCACUCGUCAAGGGGAAAGUGCUGCCAUUCAGUGAACUCAAUCAGAGCUCAAUGAGCAGCAGCACUCUCCCUCGAUAAGUAAAAUCAUCUGGCAUUAGAUGAAGUGAAAUAAACUAGUAAAGUAGGGUGCAUUGGGGCACAAUGCAGCUUACUGGGUUAACUGGAAAAUAUAUUUAUUUAAACAAUACACACCCUAUACUUGUAUUUCAAUUCAUAGCAUGAUUUGGUAUGCUUAUGUCUAUUUGACCCGAGUACCAGACAGGAAUGAUAUUUGAAUCACACCUGUAUUCAUUGAACAAAGCUAAUUUAAAUGUACAUUAAUUGUACAUGAAUCAUGUAGAUGUAAAAACUAGAGCAAAAACACACGUGGUCCACACAGCUUUGUUUUUUUCUUUUUCUUGAGAAGGAAUAACUGAGUUACAAUGAGACCAGUAUCAACAAUUUCAAAAAGGUAUUGUACAAAAAUAUUACAAACAUAAGACACUUUAAAGACAGAAAACACACAAAGUAUGUCACUACAGAAACUGUAUUCUGUGAUAUAGACGAUAUUGCUUUAAGGAAACUUGCAGCUUUUAAGGGCCUGUUUAUAUCGAAACUGGCUGGCCUGGUAAGUGAGAUCUCGCUGUCUACUUAUUUUUAUAGUAAAAAUUAUAAUUAAAAUUGUUUCUAUGUACAAGCGGGAGGCCCUGUUGCAGAGACCAGGAUGGAAAUUUCUCCAUAUAAACAAUCACAAGCAGGCUAGCCCAGUUGCCAGGAUGAAAGUUCAACGAUACUGCCGCAAGCUAUUUUUAACAACUGUCAAAACAAUGUCAAAACAACAAAAUUGUCCCGGUAAGCAGGAUGAAAUUUUCUCAAAUAAACACAAAAGAAAUCAUCCUGCGUAUCUACCUUACCGGGCUGUUCUCGCUAAGCGGGCCAGCCCGGCUUCCAUACAAACAGGCCCUAACAGUCUCUGUCAGGCAAUUACAAUGUUCUAAUGUCCAAACUCUAAAGUAUUAUAAACAAGCAGGACAGACCACUUAUUGCAAGUUGCUAGUAUUAAAGUCAUAUCAACAUGUGAUAUCGACAUUACAGUGUAUAAACUAAAGUAAUUCAGCUUCUACACAUGAAGCAACUUUAAACACUAUCCUUACACUUUAUCAAUUCAUUGAAGUUUGUCAUUCUAUUUGUAGUAUUUACAUCACAAGACAUAUUCUAUUUGUAGUAUCAAGUCACAUCAGGAUUUUAUAAUCUAGCGUUUUUGGACCCAAGUGAUCUAGAGUUCUAUCUUGUUAAAACCUAUCCAAGGAAAAACAAGAAAGGGAUAUUGAAGUAUUGGUGUUUUUGAGCCAAAUAAAUUUGAAUAUCCACCAGUAUAAAAGCAGUACUCCGUAUAUACUGGAGACAAAAUGGCAUAAUAGCGAACACAUUUUAAUGAUGUUCAAAUUUAUAUUUAGUGCGCUAUUUUCUUUAAAAUAUGACCCUGUUUGCUUUCUAAAUACAACAAAAUUACUGCUUUACCUUCUGUUCAAAUAGUUCCACAGAUAAAUCGAAGUCACAUUUCGUACUACUUGAAAAAAAGCUGUUUUUACUGUAGAAAUGACAACUUCCCAAUAUAAUUUUCUAUUGUCAACAUUGCAUUACACUUGUUUAGCUCGCGCAUGCGCAAUAAAAAAGAUGGGACAUGUUUCCGCUUGAGUAAGACUUCUGGUAUUAUCUCUUCUGUGACCUUACUGUGGUUUUAAAACUCGCGUAAAAUAAAUUUGCGAUAAAUAAUUGGUUUAGUAUAGAUGCAAAAUCAUCCUAAACCCGAUUUAAAACUCAUUUUGCGGCCCAAGGAAGAUUUUCGUGACAUUUUUCAGCCCGGUUAACCGGGCUGGCUCGGUCCAUGUAAUCAGCCCCUUAGUCGGUUGGUCAUUUAGUCGGUUGGUCAUUUAGUCAUUUGGUCAUUUAGUCGGUUGACCAUUUAGUCGGUUGGUCAUUUAGUUGGUUGGUCAUUUAGUCAGUCAUUUAGUUGGUCGGUCAGACCUUACUAGUCCCCUCACUAGUAAUAAUUGUUACUCUUUUAUUCUCCAUCUCUUUUGUAAUUCUUUAGCCAUGAUAAAACAGUUCAUUACAGAUGUAUGUUGGGGAAGUCUGGAUUACUUAAUCAUUGAUACCCCACCUGGUGAGUGAAAUUGAACUUACCUCUGUCGUUAAAACCGUCAGAGAAGACCAUAGAUCUUUAUUGCUUUAGCAGUGUUUGGACUUUGGUGUUUUGCUACUAGAGUAUGUUUCCGUUUACAGGCACAUCUGAUGAACAUAUAACGGUUGUAGAAAGUCUGCGAAGCUUCAAUCCAGAUGGAGCCAUCCUAGUUACAACACCACAAGUUAGUUUUGUCCAGUUUUUAGAUAAAACGAUUUUACCAGCAUUCUUCUAGUAAACUGUUUAUACGGUUGAAUUUUAUUCAUUUUGCUUUUUCAAAACAGGCAGUGUCCGUUAACGAUGUAAGACGGGAGUUAUCAUUUUGUCGUAAGACAGACCUACCUGUCCUUGGAAUUGUUGAGAAUAUGAGUGGAUUUAUUUGUCCACAUUGCUCAGUAAGUGUCAGUCUGGCUGUUUUUACACAAUAUGUUCUUCCGGAAAAUGCUAGUCUUGGUAAUAGAGCCUCGUUUUUGUGAUUGAAAUAGAGACCUUAAAGUGCAUAUGACAUGAAAUUUUUUAUUUUCUUGAAUGAAAGAACUCUUUAAGUUGUAGUGUAACGUAUUUUCAGUUUCUUUUUUUUAUGGUUUGUUCCUGAGAUAUUUCAAUUUGUUUUAUUAUGUAAAUGAGUGUGAAUAUGUCCGCUAAUUUAUGACGUCACUUUGGUUGCAAACUUGCAAGCUCAACUUACACUGGUUAUAAAUCUAUUAACUUUAAAAACUGUAGAUAUCAAUUCACGUUUUUGGUACGAGAUUGCACAUUUACCAGUGAGUGAAGUUUGAAAUUAUCAUCUUACCGUAGAUGAUAGCAGUGAUAUUCAACCAAAUUAAAGAGCUUGCAACCAAAGUGACAUCAUAAAUUAGCGGACAUAUUCAUACUUAUUUACAUAAUAGAACAAAUUGAAAUAUCUCGGGAACAAACCAUAAAAACAAGAAACUGAAAAAAUAAGUUACACUACAGCUUAAAGAGUUCUUUUAUUUAAGAAAAUUUCAUGUCAUAUGCACUUUAAGAUGUAGGACGGCGAAGCGACGACGACGGCCAAAACAAAUUCAUUCAAAUGAUUGUAAAGAAAGCUCAUCGUAUAUUAUUAAUCGCAUGAAUUUGAAACAGCUUGAAGAGAACAAAACAGAGGCUUUUUAUCGAGUAGAAUCCCACAUUAGUACUGAACCAAUUUGCUGAGUAUCCACUUCUUACGUACUAAAAUGCAAACGUUGUACACAAGACGCAAAAAAUUCUGGUUCAGCAGUUGUAAACAGACCGUUUUGUCACAGAUAACAAAACGUAUAGUUAUAUCAGUAACUAUAAAAGACCUGUUUAUAAUUUUAUAAUCAGUAACAAGAUAACAGGAUUUCAAGUUACUGAUUGAAUACUUUUCUUGAAAACUGUGCUUUAUGUACUUGGAGUCUCAAAUUUGUACCAGCUCAAGUACUGUACGUUGCAACAAUCAUUGAAGCAAUCAAUAUUUCUACCUGUAGGAAUGCAGUAAUGUAUUUUCCACUGGUGGUGGUGCAGCUCUUGCGAAGCAAUGCGAUGUUCCAUUCUUGGGUAAGAGUGGUCUAAUUUUUUCACUGUCUAUACUGAAACACUUACAACAACUAAGUAUGUUAACAUCUGCAGUGAUUCGUGUCUUAACUACCAAAAAAUUAUUGGACAAAAAGUGCACUGCAGUUCAGACACAAACCACGACCACUACGUUUGAGAUAUCUUUUUCAGGUAGUUCAGACACAAACCACGGCAGCUUAUUGUUUAUUGUAGAAUACUACCUACACUGGACCACCACGUUUGAGAUAUCUUUUUCAGGUAGUUCGGACACAAAUCACGGCAGCUUAUUGUAGAAUACUACCUAGCAGUACACUGAACCACCACGUUUGAAAUAUCUUUUUCAGGUAGUUCAGAUACAAACCACGACAGCUUAUUGUUGAAUACUCCCUACACUGGGCCACCACGUUUGAGAUAUCUUUUUCGGAUAGUUCAGACACAAACCACGACAGCUGUUUCACGCAGUUCAGAUACAAACCACAGCAGCUUAUUGUAGAAUAUUGCAAACAUUUUUAAAUGUGCUGCGACAGAUGCCCUAACUACCUAUUAUUUUGACGAACGUCGAUGCCCCCCCCUUUAAUGUUGGGUCUCAGACUCUUAAUUAGUAUAAUCUUAAUUAGUAUAAUGUCUGGAUUGGGUAAACAACAUUGAAUGGGGAGGUGGAGGGUCAUGUGUGUAAUAAUUUGCAGAUGCAUAGAUACUACGGAUCAUCCACAGUGGAUAGAUAUCCACUGUAGAGGAUCCGUUUGUUUGUUCAUACUUUAAUAUUUUCUCACUUGACUAGGCUGUAUUCCACUGGAUCCAAAUCUUGCAAGAUGUCUCGAAGAUGGUGAAGAUUUCCUACAAUCAUUCCUAGAUUCUGAAGCUAGCAAGAGUUUCAACAACAUUGUCACAGAACUUGUUCAUUUAGAUAACAAAACAGAAACUUGAUAUUUCCCUCUAAAAAUCUAAGUCUAAUAUUUAAAUGUAAACGAGAUUCAUCAACAACCAUUCCUUAUUUCCUUAGUAUUACUGCCCGAAAAAACUGGAAUAUAUUUCUUACAUAUGACGAGGCAAAAUGGGGCUUCGGUGGCAAAGUGGUUAGCGCACUUGCCUUUCACCUCUAAGGCCGCAGGUUCAAACCUCACUGAGAACUUUCUCAAUGCCACUCGAACCCAGUCCUCAUGUGAAAAGAGUCAGUCAACGCUCUGCCGAAAGUCGUGGGUUUCCUCCGGGUACUCCGGUUUCCUCCCACAGGGAAAGUUGACAGGGUGGGUUAGGUAAAGGGACCCACAGUAAUUGGCAUAUGCUGUUGUGGUGACCCUGCCCUAGUUGGCAAAGCUAAAUAAAUAAAUAAAUAAAUAAAAUGAUAACAGUACUCAGAGAAGACUAAGGGAGUGAUCAUUAUUUUUGGUGGUGGGUGGCACCGAAAAGAAAAUGUUUUGCUUGGCAAAUAUUUUACUGAUCCAACCAUUAAAUCGGAGAAUGAUCACACUGGUUUACAUAUUGUAGUGAGAUAUGACUGUUCAAAUUCGCGUAUGAGUGUUCGCAAUAUUUGAGUGAGUCAUGCUUUGGAAAUGACUGUAAAUUUUUAUUAUCCAACCCUUGAGUUAUUUUAUUUUUCAUUUACCCAACCUUUUGCUCUCUCAAAACUUUGUUUACCCAACCCUUCGGUGUCACCCCCCGCCAUAAGUAAUGACCGGUCCACCUGUUUAAAAAAUCUCAACUCCAAACAAACUGUGAUUCAUCCAUGUUUUUGCAACACUGACAUAUUUGAUACAUUUACAGUAUUUAUCGGAGUGAGAAAAACAACUUUCCGAAAUACCCACAGAAAUUAAAUUAGAAAUUGUUUUAUAUUAUGACUUUGCAUGUUUUCAUGCCUAUCAUGACUUUCACAAACGUUUAAGAGAGCAAGGCUAUCAGACGUGUCUUUUGCAUUCCAUAAUACAGUCGAUUGUUUAUUAUAUGUCAUUGUAUUAUUUACUAUAGUUUGAAAAUUCUCGUCCUUUCAUUGACCAUAUCAUGUCAUCAUAGAUUGAAUAUACAAAUAGGUGUAAUAAUUAAAAUGCGACUAAUCCCAAAUACGAUUUUUUGUAUGUGUAAUAUUUGGGUCAUUCGAAGAAGAAAUGUAAUAUAUCUUUAUAAUAAAAAAUCUUGAUCAACUUUUUCACUGUCAAAUAUGUUAUUAGAGAUGAAUUGCAAAUUAGUUUUCCUUUGUUUUUUGUACCAAAAAUUUACCUAAUGACAUCAUAUCUGGAACUUUGACAGUGAAAAAGUUAAUCAAGAUGAGGUUUUUUUGCAAUAAAGAUACAUUACAUUUCUUCUUAGAAUGACCCAAAUAUUACACAUAGUUGGUCGCACUUGAAUACACCCUAUAGAGUCUUGUUUUUGUGAUGGAGAUAUUGGGUUCACAGCCCUUUAUAGCUGACACAUUUACGAAACGGCACAGUUAUUUCAGUGAAAAUAAGUGACAAGGUAAAAGGCCUUUAAACAAACGGCUCAAAUAUAGAAACGAGGCUCCUUACCGGAAGGGUGUAUUUCGUUUUUCUAUUGUCCUAAGAAUGGUGGUCAGUUGGUUUCAUUUUCUGUAUCAGUGAACAAUCCAGUCUGCACUUGAGAUCAGUGUUCUCACGACCGUGACCACUAUUUGUAUAUUCAAUCUAUGGCAUCUACCUCGAUAUACCCACCGGUUGCUUGAGUGCGAUAUGCUUUGCUUACAUGAAGUACUCAGCUACCGCUGCUACUCAAAUCGUCAUCACUGAACGUGUCACUAUCUGACGAGCUGUCACUGCCAAGAUUAGGGACACCUGUGCCAUCACUCGCAACAUUCAUGGACAAUAUGCCAGAUCUGGGGAAUAUGAAGGAAAUAAAUAGAAUGAUUAAU